GCAGAACUAAAGUCGUCUACAACGUACCUGGUUGUACAACUGCACGCCCCGCAGAAAAGCGGUCUCGCAGCUUUGGUGGGACACGAUAACACUAUCGCCGUUUGCAGAAGCGGCGAGGGUUCCCACGCAGAAGGCCCACUAGAAGCGCAGUGCUGUUGAAGCCGUCGCGCCACCAUGGCCAAAGUCUUCUACUUGCUGAGCCUACUGGCGUCGCUGAGUGUUUGGCAGUCUGCUGCGGAUGAUGCGUGCGACUCGGUGGAGUGCCUACCCGACACUGGACCGCUGUGUGCGCUGAACGAGGAGACGGACAACAUGGCGCUGUUCGCCGACGAGUGCGUUUUGCGGUGUAUCAACUGCAGGAUGACUACAGAUUUCAAGAAGGUGAACAGUUCUCUCUGCGGCACAGGUACAACGUACAUAACUGUUUGUCCAGACUUUGCCCGCAACAAUGGAAAUGAAGACACAAAGGCAGAGGAUCCCGAUGAUGGAAUCGCCGUGAUACGGAUAGACCUCGGACAAGGAGACGGUGAUGUUUACAACGAGGUCCCGCCUGUCUUUGGGGAGUCUCUGCCGGUCCCUCUGCCGCUGCUGUCCAUGGGCAGCGACCUGCUGCGUCGCCUCGUGAUGUCCGGACUGCCGGAGCCGCCCCCUCCACCGCCGGAGGGCCUCACGCUCAUCACAGCGGACGUCAAGGUGGACGUGACCAUCAACAUGCACGGCCCGCCUGCGCCGCCGCCGCCGCCCCCGGCAGCACGCCUCCUUCUCCCGCCCCCACUGGCGCUGCCCCGCGCGCAGCUGCUGGCGCCUCCACCCCCGCCUCCUCCGCAGCAUCAUUUUCUUGACCAGCGCUACCAGCCCCAGGAGUCGGACGUCAGCUCCGCGGCGCCGCAGACAGCUCGGCCCUCUACUAUAGCUACUGCCGUCGCCGCUCUCGCCGCUAUGGUUGUGGCCGCCCACCACGUCUAGGCGUGAGCUGCUCUGUGAGGAGCGGCCCGAACCGUCCACAGUUUGGGAUACAAGUCGGAUGCUCCUUAGGUGUAGGAUUCUCUCAAUUUCUAACAUCACUGUUGUAUAUGCAAGUCCUGACUGACUCAGAACUGUUACUUACCUUAACCCUACGUGUUUCAGCAGAGUCUUGACAUUGUCAGUUACUUUAAUUUCCGAUAAUAUGAAAAAAUACAGGAGAUUAGAAAACGUAACUAGAAUAUACAGCUACUUUUAUGAUUGCUGGAUGAUUUACAGCUUCUAAGUGCGAGGGCUGUCCAGAAAGUAAGUUACGAUUGAUCGCGAAAUGAAAAUCACAGUGAAAAUCAAAAAUGUUCCAUUUGCAACAGUUAGCUACACCUUUCAGCUACUUCUCUACGUAGUCGCCGCUCUGACUCACACAUUCGUCGUAGCGUUGUACCAACUUUCCAAUACCCUCAUCAUAGAAGGCAGCCGCCAGUGCUUUCUGCCAAUUCUCUACGCUGGCCUAAAGCUCGUUGUCUGUGCCAAAAUGUUGUCUUCAUAGCCAGCGGUUCGUUUGAGCAGAGAUGAAACUCAGUGGGAGACAAUUACGGGCUGUAGUGUGGGUAGCUAAACAUUUCCAAUUGAAACUAUGCAGGAACAUCUUCAUUGCCCCUGCAGAAUUAGGCUGAGAAUUGUCUUGAACAAGAAACCGCACGACAGUUAUGUAAUGUUGGUUGCAUAGGUUCACGGGAAAAUUCUCACCAGGCCCUCGUAAUUGGCGGGAGACACUAUUUUCUAUAAGAUGUUCACGCGCUCACUAAGAGCUCAGGAAUGAAAAGAGCGACAUAAUUCCACCUAGAGUCAUACUAGAGACACUACCCAACACAUCUUUGCAAAGAUUUAUCGGAUUUUCAUAGUCGUUUCCAUUUCGCGACCGAUCGUAAUUUACUUUCUGGACAGCCCUCGUAUUACUAAAAAAUAAUUUUUUGGUACAGUAGUUGUAUGUCACUAUAUUAAAACUGUUAGUUUCUGUCAAAUGACAAACCAUCCUGAAGCAUUAAAGAAUUUAAUUACAAUACAUAUGUCAUAUCAUGUUCAUUUGUAUCUAGAUCAAUGAACUGCAUCUGCUUUAUGGAAUACAGGAAAGCACCCAAUUUAUUCAAAAGGUUAUAUGUUAACAGGACAUAGCACAGAAUUAGUAUGUGCUGUGUCCUGUAAACGUAUUGCCUAACGUAUAAAUUGGGUACCUUCCUACAUUUUUUGAUCUAGAUAUAAAUGAUCAUGACGUAGUUCCUGUUAUUAACGUACUUUUUUGUACGCGAGGGCAGCCUGUUAUUUGAGCUAUAAUGGUAGAUUUAAUAAACCAAUAUAUAGCUAUUGUGCCCAAUCUUAAUUUUCUGAAUCUUUGACCCCAUAAAUUUAAUUUUUACAAUAUUUUUCGGAGUAUAAAUCCAUCGAGAACACCAAAAUUUAGUCAUACCAUAUUUCGGUAACUCGAAACUAGCUUUGUAUUCAGCGAAUCGACAUAUCCCAACAGACACGGAAAAAUCACGAUAAUAACUCAGAUUGCGUAACAAAGUUUUUGUGCUAUUUGUCAACCAUACACUUCCAUUCAUAAGCAUUUAAAAAUAUUAAGUUCAAAUUUCAGCUAGAAGAAAAUAGGUAAGUGUAGCUGCAACUGAGCAUUCUCAGUGCUGUGUCAUUUUUCUCCAACGAGUAUAAGGAUUACUAAUUGCCAGUAAAAUUAGGAAUGAAUAAAUCAAAAAUGAUAAUGUA